AUGUCGGAUGGAGAUCCUUUAACUCCUCAGAAAAAUACCCAACGAAGACGGCCCACUGGGUUGUUUUCGAAAACCAUAGGACAGUUACCUAGGUCUUUACUUACUUCUAAUAAUGUUGCCAUUAAUUCUAAACGGAGAAAGAUUCCAUUGACAUUUUUGCCACCAAGCACUAAAUCUCCUCUUUUCGUCUAUAGUAACGAUUAUGACCAACGAUCAUUUUUGAGUCUGUGCUCAGGAUCCCAUAUAGAUGAAGCCGACUCUUUUCAUGAUAAUUUGAGAGGUGACAAUGAAUCCGUCUCAACCUUCAGGUCUUUACCGUCGACACUCGAAGGGAACAAUGAUGAAAUAGAGAGUAUCCAUCAAUGGCUUGAUGAGGAGAGAGAGAGAAGAAGUCUUGUGAGUGGUGAAGAUUUAGGAGAAACUUAUGGUGCCAUCAAUGAGGGCAGCGAUGAUAUAAUGGCCCGUGCCGACAGAUAUUUCCCAAGUAACACCAGAAGAUCUUCAUUUCUGAGUCUUGAAGGCAUAGUCAAGGAUGAAGAAGAAGAGGAUUUUGAGUUCGAAAAAGUCACAACAAGAAAGGAAAUUGAUAAGCUUUUCCGUUACUCAAUUCCUCUAAUAAUAACAUUUUUUCUAGAGCAAAUAUUCUCCCUGGUUUGUGUCGUGUUUGUUGGCCAUCUUGGGAAAGAGGAAUUAGCAGCAGUUUCUAUGGCAUCUAUGACUUCCACCAUCGUUUUGGCAAUCUUUGAAGGAAUUGCUACAUCUUUGGAUACAUUAUGCCCGCAAGCAUAUGGCGCAGGUCAAUACAAAUAUGUAGGGAUUCACACACAGAGAUGUUCAUUAUUUUCAUUGGUAAUGUUUGUCCCAGCAGCAUUGUUCUGGUACUUCAGCGGAUAUUUUCUUUCCUUUAUCAUAGAUGAUAGGAAGGUUAUCAAACUCACACAACAAUUUUUGAGAAUCCUCAUUCUGGCAGGGCCUCCUUAUAUCUUGUUUGAGAACGGUAAAAGGUUUUUACAAGCCCAAGGUAUUUUUGAUGCUGGGACAUACAUAUUGUUUAUCACUGCGCCAAUGAACAUUUUCCUCAACUGGCUUUUGGUUUACUCCGAAACAUUUGGCUUAGGAUAUGUAGGAGCACCAAUAGCGUCCGUUAUAAACUUCUGGGCAAUGCUUAUUUUCAUGAUACUCUACAUCGUGCUCGUUGAUGGCUCCGAGUGUUGGGAUGGGUUUACACUAGACGCAUUCAAUCAUUGGUAUGAUCUAUCCAAACUUGCUUUUCCCGGAAUAGUGAUGCUCCUAGCAGAAUCUAUGGCAUACGAGGUUCUUACACUGUUCGCCUCUAAAUUUGGUACUUCGGCAUUAGCUACACAAUCUGCGCUUUCUUCGGUGGUCUCAUUACUAUAUAUGAUUCCGUUCGCCAUAGCAGUGGCAUCGUCAACUCGAAUUGCCAAUUUUGUGGGGGCUGCAAAUAUCCAAGGUGGUCGCAUAGCUAUAAACGUAGGGUUUAUCUCCUCCGUUUUGAUAGCACUCAUCAACUCCGCAGUAAUAUUUUUCGGUGCACGACAUAUAGCACUAUUGUUUACCGAUGACGAAGAGGUGAUUACAAUGUUUGUCAAUCUAUGCCCACUAAUUUCAGUUUUUGUUAUCUUCGACAGCCUUGCGUGCGUUGCAAGUGGAAUAUUGAGGGCUCUAGCGAUGCAAAUGAUUGGAGGCACCAUAAGUUUAGUUGGUUACUAUAUCAUAGCGGUUCCCUUGGCGCUUUAUUUGAGUUUCCAUUCAAACCUACAGCUAUUAGGACUUUGGCUGGGUAAUGGGGCGGGCUUGCUUACAAUAGGAAUAACUGAGAUCUGGAUAAUAUACAAUGUCGAGUGGAAAGAGGUCAUAGAGCAUGCCAAGUCACUAGCGUUGCAUGGUGACUCAUAG